CCGAGGAGGGAAGGGGGUGGGGCAAGAGGUCAAAGAGCAGAGAGUUACGGGCUCGUGGGACGCCUGCGCGAGGUGGCCAGGCCUGAGAAGCCAAGGGAGCGUUUGAGUCUAGUCCUAAUCUCCCCGUCACCCUCAGACGCGGCUUUUUCUCUUUCUCACACUUGGAGUACAGUUAGAAAUAGCCAUGCAUAAAGAGGAAUUUCAUGUGAAAUUUUUCAUGUGUGUGGUUCAGUCUCGCCGAGUAGUCAGGACGACUGAGAGCACAGAUGAGGAAGCUUCAGCUUCCAACAUGAUCAUAUCAACGCAACAUGCAAAGACAGAUCUCUUGAAGAUACUAGAAACUAUGGAUGAGCCAAACACCAUGGGACCUGCUCUUGAAACUGAGUGGAUCAUGACCAAUGAAGAGCAUCACGCAGCCAAAACCCUGGGGAUCGGCAAGGCCAUUGCCGUGUUAACCUCUGGUGGAGAUGCCCAAGGUAUGAAUGCUGCUGUCAGGGCUGUGGUUCGAGUUGGUAUCUUUACGGGGGCACGUGUCUUCUUUGUCCAUGAGGGUUACCAAGGCCUGGUGGAUGGUGGUGAGCACAUCAGGGAGGCCACCUGGGAGAGUGUUUCCAUGAUGCUUCAGCUGGGAGGCACAGUAAUUGGAAGUGCCCGAUGCAAAGACUUUCGGGAACGAGAAGGUCGACUCCGGGCUGCCCACAACCUGGUGAAGCGGGGAAUCACCAAUCUGUGUGUCAUUGGAGGUGAUGGCAGCCUCACUGGAGCUGACACUUUCCGUUCGGAGUGGAGUGACUUGUUGAAUGACCUCCAGAAAGAUGGGAAGAUCACAGCUGAGGAGGCUACCAAGUCUAGCUUCCUGAACAUCGUGGGCCUGGUUGGUUCAAUCGACAAUGACUUCUGUGGCACUGAUAUGACCAUUGGUACUGACUCUGCCCUGCACCGGAUUGUAGAGAUUGUAGACGCCAUCACCACCACUGCUCAGAGCCACCAGAGGACAUUUGUGUUGGAAGUGAUGGGCCGCCACUGUGGAUACCUGGCCCUUGUCACCUCUUUGUCCUGUGGGGCCGAUUGGGUUUUUAUUCCUGAAUGUCCACCAGAUGAUGAUUGGGAGGAACACCUUUGUCGGCGGCUCAGUGAGACAAGGACCCGGGGUUCUCGUCUUAACAUCAUCAUUGUUGCUGAGGGUGCAAUCGACAAGAACGGAAAACCAAUCACCUCAGAAGACAUCAAGAAUCUGGUAGUAAAGCGUCUUGGAUAUGACACCAGGGUUACUGUUUUGGGACAUGUGCAGCGGGGUGGGACACCAUCAGCCUUUGAUCGGAUUCUGGGCAGCAGGAUGGGUGUGGAAGCAGUGAUGGCACUUUUGGAGGGGACCCCAGACACCCCAGCCUGUGUGGUGAGCCUCUCUGGUAAUCAGGCAGUGCGCCUGCCCCUCAUGGAGUGUGUCCAAGUGACCAAGGACGUGACCAAGGCUAUGGAUGAGAAGAGAUUUGAUGAAGCCAUGAAGUUGAGAGGCCGGAGCUUCAUGAACAACUGGGAGGUGUACAAGCUUCUAGCCCAUGUCAGACCCCCAGUCUCUAAGGGUGGGCUGCACACAGUGGCUGUGAUGAAUGUGGGGGCCCCAGCUGCAGGCAUGAACGCUGCCGUUCGCUCUACUGUGAGGAUUGGCCUGAUCCAGGGUAACCGAGUGCUGGUUGUACAUGAUGGCUUCGAGGGUCUGGCCAAAGGUCAGAUUGAAGAAGCUGGCUGGAGCUAUGUUGGAGGUUGGACUGGUCAAGGCGGUUCCAAACUCGGCACUAAAAGGACUCUGCCCAAGAAGAACUUGGAACAGAUCAGUGCCAACAUAACGAAGUUUAACAUUCAGGGCCUUGUCAUCAUUGGGGGCUUUGAGGCUUACACGGGGGGCCUGGAGCUGAUGGAGGGCAGGAAGCAGUUUGAUGAACUCUGCAUCCCGUUUGUGGUCAUUCCUGCCACUGUUUCCAAUAACGUCCCUGGGUCAGACUUCAGCAUCGGGGCUGACACAGCACUAAACACCAUCUGCACGACUUGUGACCGGAUUAAGCAGUCUGCAGCCGGCACCAAGCGUCGGGUCUUUAUCAUCGAGACCAUGGGUGGCUACUGUGGCUACCUGGCCACCAUGGCAGGACUAGCGGCUGGGGCCGACGCUGCCUACAUUUUUGAGGAGCCCUUCACCAUUCGAGAUCUACAGGUGAAUGUUGAACAUCUGGUGCAGAAGAUGAAAACCACCGUGAAAAGAGGCUUGGUGUUGAGGAAUGAGAAGUGCAAUGAGAACUACUCCACUGACUUCAUUUUCAACCUGUACUCUGAGGAGGGGAAAGGCAUCUUCGACAGCAGGAAAAAUGUGCUUGGCCACAUGCAGCAGGGUGGAAGCCCGACCCCCUUUGACAGGAAUUUUGCCACUAAGAUGGGUGCUAAGGCCAUGAAUUGGAUGUCUGGGAAAAUCAAAGAGAGCUACCGUAACGGACGGAUCUUUGCCAAUACUCCAGACUCAGGCUGUGUUCUGGGGAUGCGUAAGAGGACCCUGGUCUUUCAGCCAGUGACCGAGCUGAAAGACCAGACCGAUUUUGAGCACCGGAUCCCCAAGGAGCAGUGGUGGCUGAAGCUGAGACCGAUCCUCAAAAUCCUAGCCAAGUACGAGAUUGAUCUGGACACCUCUGACCACGCCCACCUGGAGCACAUUUCUAGGAAACGGUCUGGAGAAGCGGCUGUCUAGACCUCUUCGGAGUGAGGGGGGAGAGCGUAUGAUCAUGGUCAGCUUAUGCCCUGGUAGAUCUAAGCCCAUGAUCUCUCAGUGUGUUAGCCCUAGCCCCCUACCCUAUUAGGUUUCCUCAUACCCACAACCUUGAUCAGUUGUGGCCAGGAGUUGGGGGAGGGGCAGUGAGUGAAUCUCCUAGGUAACUGUCCUUCCUUCUGUCCCAGCUUCAUCCGGCACACGGGCUGGAUUUCUCUAGUGCUACUGCUAGACUUCAGCUACCCAGAGUUUUCCUAAAAAUAAGCUUUAUUUAUUUCUUUGUGAUAACAAAGAGUCUUAGAUUCCUUUACUUUUCCCAGUGAUGAAGUAUAACUACACUAAUAAAUGCCAGCUGGUCACUGUG